AUGUGCCUGAGAAAAGUGACCUCGAAUUGGCGUUCAGCGGCCUCCAUUAUUCUGGGUAGGCCCCGCCAGAAUCCCCUCCCUCCCUUUUAGACUUCGCCACUUCAGCGUGCCAGUCAACUCGCAGAAUCCUCAUGCUGAAACGUGGCGAAACUGCCAAAUUCAUGCCGAAUUCGAUGGUUUUCCCGGGCGGUGUCAUUGACAAAAACGAUGCGAAACUGGGCGACGAGUGGAGAAUCGCCGCUGUCCGCGAACUUUUCGAGGAGUCCGGAGUGCUUCUGACGAAGAACGGAUGGACGACGUCGGCGAAUAAUCCGGAGAUGACGGCGUUGAAAUCGGAGAUUGUGAGCGACGCCGCCAAGUUUCAGAAGCUGUCGGAGAAGAUUUGUGCGGAGCGACUGAUUGAAUGGAACACUUUCCUGACCCCGGCAACUAAUCCGAGACGAUUCCUCACCAAAUUCUACUUUGUUCUCGUCGAUGGUCUUCAAAAAGAAUCCAUGCAAUGGUCUGAACGAUUUUCCCCAUUUCAGAAGAGCCGGCAGUCGAUUUGUGCACUUCGGAGAUGUCCGAUUACAGUUGGGUCGAUCCGAAAGAGUGCGUCGACGAGGCAUUCGGAGGGAAGUACGCGCUGCCGCCCCCGCAAGUCUACGAACUCACGAGACUCGCGCAGAUAAACGAUUGGAAAGCAUGCGAAAAGUAUGCGAAUGUGAAGAAGCCAAUGUGUCCGCAGCCAAUCAAAACGAUCGGAGAAGACGUGAUCACAAACUGUUUCCCCGGCGAUCACUUGUACAUUGGUCAGUGCUUUCUGCUUUUUCUUUUUUAUGCCUUUUUUCCAGAUGAGAACAGUUUCCACCAGCCACUCCGUCAGCUCUCCGCCGAUCGGAUCGCCGUCUCAUCGACUCUUCCGACUCAUCGUGCCACGUAUCAAACGAAGCCAAUGUACGCCCGAUGCCGUCUCUAUCAGCAUCAUCUGAAGCCGUCGGAUGUCGCCGCGUUCCAUCAGUUCCAAACGCAUUCCAAAGAGCUUUUGUGA